AUGCAGCCACCAACCACCUCGACUGGUGAACUGGUUGAAAGAGGACAUAUUCACAGUACGAGCGGACUAGAAGAACAAUAUCGUCGUAAAGUGACGUCGUUCAGCACGAUAGCAGCACUAACUGACGAUGGAUUUGGUAUCGAGAAGCUGUUGCCGGCUGACAUCAAAUAUGAUGCGACACCGACAUGUGACGCGGAACAUGCUGUAGUGGGUGCCGGAGAAUCUGCUGACCAUGUGCGUGGGCGUGGUGGCGGAUUGCGUCGUACUUCGUAG